GUUGUGCUCAACAAAGGUUGCAAGCAACAUGCGGCUCAUAUCCGUCUCUAUCCUGCUGGUUCUGUCCAUCGGAGCCUCCGAGGCCAAGAAGUUCAAGAAGUCUGGAGGCGGGUUCGGAGGCGGAGGAUUUGGAGGAGGCGGCAUCAUCGCCCAGCCCAUAUUCCAGCCAAUACCAGUCAUCCACCAGCCUGUCUACGGAGGCUAUGGGGGCGGUGGUGGCUAUGGGGGUGGAGGCUUCGGGGGCGGAGGCUUCGGAGGGGGCCACGGCUUAGGUGGUUUCGGAGGGGGCCACGGCUUAGGUGGUUUCGGAGGGGGCCACGGCUUAGGUGGUUUCGGAGGUGGUCACGGAGGUGGUUACGGAGGUGGUCUCGGUGGUUUCGGAGGUGGACACAGUAUCGGAUACGGCGGUGGUCCAGGUAUCGGCUUCGGAGGGGGCCACGGCUUAGGUGGUUUUGGAGGUGGCCACGGCUUAGGUGGUUUCGGAGGUGGCCACGGAGGUGGCUUUGGAGGUGGCCACGGAGGUGGCUUCGGAGGGGGCGGAUUUGGAGGUGGUGGUGGUUACGGCCGAUAAAUUAAAAGUAAACCUAAGCAUUCGGACGAGGCGGUGAUAAUUAAGAGACUUAAAUACUACUUUGGCAUUCGUCAGACUUUCAUGUCGAUAAGUAUUUACGUAUUUAUUUAUGAUACAUUUCAUGUCAUAAUCUUCACGUCAUACAUUUGUAAUGUUUGAAUAAAUUCCAUACAUUGUUGAAAACUUUUGGACAUAA